ACGCUGCCACGCAGCCUUUCGGCAGAGGCCGUGCCUCUCUCUCUCUCUCGUCUGCGCAUCUCCGCGGAUCUUCGGCUGAUUUUCCCGCGCGAUUCCCCCCUUUCGACUCCCCCUUCGAGUUGCGCGCGGCCAAAUCUUCUCACCUCGAAUCCCAGUGAAACGGGAUAAAAACGGAAAAUUGGAGAGGAGAAACGUUCGAAGUUGAACCAAUUGUGACUCGAUUACAUCCCUUGGAGAAGAAGGUAAUUCGACGAGGUAUUUCUCUCAGAGAAAUUUUUACGAAGAAAGGAAAGAUUGGGAAGAAAAUGUGAUAAAAGUGGAUCCAUAUUCGAGACUUGUUUUAAAUUAACGAAAGUGAAAUGUGAGUGUUGAAUAUUGAAAGAGGGAUUGAAAAACUAGGAUAAAAAUCGAAACUGUGUGUGAAAAGAUAUCGCUUUGCUUUUGACGCGUAAGAUAAGAUGAUUUUUCUAUUUUUUUUUUUAAAGUUAGUUCUUCUUUCUUUCUCACGAAGCACAAUCGGGGACCUUUUUUUCCAAAUUGGAAACGAUUCGAAUGAUUAAAAUCUCGCGUCACAGAGGGAUCGUUCGGCGAAACAGUGAUAAAAAGCUGUGCUGUUGCAUUGAUUCCACGCCUCGAUAACGUUUUCAAGCAUUUUGCACAGGAGUGGAACGGGGACUGGAAUUCGCGUGUCGAUCUCAGAUAACCGAGAAAAACGUCUCUUCGAUUCUCUCUCUCUCUCUUUCUCGUGACAACGUUAUCGCCGAUUCAGAUUCAAGAGAUUUCGUACGAAUUUGGAAGAGAAAUCGUUAUGGUUCUCCUUGGAUAAACAAUCGUUGGAGUGGAUGAUUAUGAACGUUCUACGCUAUUAAUAACCGGUGGCGGAAAGAUCGGAAGAAGGAGGCGACGAGGCUGACUCGAGCGCGAUCCAUCGAUUCGGGCGCGAAGAGAGGAAACGGUGGCAAUCGUUGGAGGAAGUGGCAACGCCCUUUUCCCGUCGGGAAGAUGAAGGCCAGGCCGGUACGUCGGCUCGUUGCCACGUCCGUGACCUAAGGAGCAGAGGAGGAGGAGGAGGAGGAGGAGGAAGGGGAAAGGACGCGACGAGCAUGACGACGAUCGUGACGAGCAGCGAAUCGAGCGAGGUGGUGUCCUCGGUGGACGUGACGACCCUGUUGAACGGCAUCUCGACCGAGGACGGCCAGCUGGGAACGAACGCGAGCUACUCGAGCGAGGAGAAGUUGUCGGUGCCUGUGACGAUCGUGAAAGGUUGCGUGUUGGGCUCCAUCAUAGUGACCGCGGUGUUCGGCAAUCUGUUGGUGAUGGUGUCGGUGAUGCGGCACAGGAAGCUGCGGAUCAUCACCAAUUAUUUCGUGGUCUCUUUAGCGUUGGCCGACAUGUUGGUCGCCAUGUUCGCCAUGACGUUCAACGCGAGCGUGCAAUUGACCGGCAAAUGGCUGUUCGGCUAUUUCAUGUGCGACGUGUGGAAUUCCCUGGACGUGUACUUCAGCACCAGCUCCAUCCUCCAUCUCAUGUGCAUCUCGGUGGACCGUUACUGGGCGAUCGUGAAACCGCUCAAAUAUCCCAUUAUCAUGACCAGGAGGCUGGCCGCCUACAUGCUGCUCGCCUGUUGGAUAUUGCCCGCGUUCAUCUCGUUCGUGCCCAUUUUCAUGGGAUGGUACACCACGGCCGAGAACAGUAUGCGAAGGCAGAAUCAUCCCGAGAUAUGCGAGUUUAAGGUGAACAAGAUUUACGUGAUAUUCUCGUCGAGCGUCUCGUUCUGGAUACCGUGCACCAUCAUGACGCUCACGUAUUUCGCCGUGUUUAAAGAGGCGAACAGGCAGGAGAAGCAGAUGCACAGCAGGAUGGGGAACGUGAUGCUGUUGAGCCACAGGCCGAGCAAGGAUUUGAACAAUUUGAACGGGGAGUUGAACAGCGCGGGCUCGUCCAAGACGUUGACGUUGAACGAGAUCAGUACCAAUCACCUGCACACGCCCACCAAGGACAAGAAUAUCAUGAAGAUGAAGAGAGAGCACAAGGCUGCCAGGACGUUGGGCAUCAUCAUGGGCACCUUCAUACUAUGCUGGUUACCCUUCUUCUUGUGGUACGUUAUCACAACGUUGUGCGGGGAAUCCUGUCCGUGCCCCGACGUUGUGAUCGCCCUGCUUUUCUGGAUCGGGUACACGAAUUCGGCGCUGAACCCGUUGAUCUACGCGUACUUCAACCGCGACUUCCGAGAAGCUUUCAAGAAUACUCUGCAGUGCGCGUUCUGCUCGCUCUGCAGACGAGAGCCGUCCGAUCUCGAGGCGCUCGAUUUCCGUCGGCCGUCCCUAAGGUACGACGAUCGCACUAAGAGCAUAUAUUCGGAGACGUACAUCAAACACAUCGACCGGCGAAGAUCGAGCGAGUACGGUAGCAGCCUCUGAAAGAAGAGCAGAAUUUUCUACCACCGACUUCACUCGCGGUGCAAAAGAGAAAAAGACACGCUACACACCCACCUGAUAAUUAUACAUCCGUAUCGUUGCCUACACACACACAUUUACACGUACACAUAGAAAACAAGUAAAAAAAAACGACGCGUCGAUCGUCGAUUGAUAUACGUAACGUGUUAGCCUCCACAGAUUCUGCGCCAUUUUGCCAAAAACUCGCGGAACACGAAUCUUGCCAAGUAAAAUGCUCGCGUUUUUAUCCAUCUGCGUCGCGUGUUUACGGUUUCCGGUUAAAAAGUGAUCCCUGCUUCUACAUUCUUCACAAAGUGAUUCGAAGAAGAUCAGUGAUGGGAGGGGAAAAAGAAAGAAAGAUUUUCAGUGUUAAACCCGAUUCACGAAAUAUUCAAAGAUGGAUUUUAAUAGAAAAUAUCUGAGAUAAUUAAUUAAGGACCACACGAAGUUACAAUCACACUAUAUUCGCGUUCGAUCAAUCAUGAAAGCAAUCAAGCUUAAUGAUUAAAUUCAAUAAUAAAUAUUGUAUUUAUUCAUUGUUUUCCAAUUUUCCUACAAGAUUAUCGAACGUAAAGUUUAAACAGAAACGGUGUUCAUUCAUUCAGUAAUACAUUCAGGAAUGCACAAGAAGGAAACGAGGUUUCUUUCCUAGGAGAGACAGUUACGAUAACGCGGAUAUCAUUUCGAACACGUAGAGAACAGCCGAGACGGGAAACAAAUGUUUAUUCCAUCAGAAUGGAAAGGAACUCGGAAAGGAACCGGAAGCACGCGUGGACAGGGAUACGCGAGAAUCAUACAUCAUCGCGAAACGAUCACAGAGAUGUACACCGAGGACAGGUAGAGAUGCGCGUGAAACGCACAGGUCACGUUGCAUUGCCAAAGAUAAAUAUAUAUAUAUGUAUAUUCUUAAAGGAAAUUCUCGCGAGAAGAGAAACGCGGUUGAGUUCGAUUUGAUGGAUGAAGGAACGAUCGACGAUGGAGAAAUCGUGUCUUUUGUUUUUCGAGGAAGACGAUCAAAAGCACUUUCGUCCGAUUCUCUUUCGAUUUUCGAAUAAUUAUCUGCAUCCUAUUGGGUGGCCAAGUGCGCUCGAAAUCCGUUUAUCGGUGGUAAAUUGGAACAAGUGGAAGAUCGAUAUAUAUUACGGAUGAAAUUGAACGAAUCGAUCCAAGGAUCGAUCGGAUGAUUUAGCGUAAUUAGUUUAUCGAAAUAUGAUCGAUUGCACAGUGGAAUCCAUUUUUGAUAAUCGAUUUUAGACGUAUGUAUAUAAAGAAUGAAGGUUCGAUAAGAAUUAAAUAACAAUUCCAUACAAUUUUUGAUUCGUGUUCGUUGAAGGGAAAGUUUGCGGGGAGAGUAUCCAAUCUUUGUUAUUGUUAAUUUAAUUAAUAGGUAUUGCUCAUCGACGAUAAUGUUAUUACGCGACACGUUGCACGAUAUACGUCUGUUGUGAAUUUUCUUCUUCUUUUUCUUUUUAAGAAGAAUAUCGCGACACCGUGGUGUACAAUUCCAAAGAUCGUUGUUAUUGUUUGCGUUGUUAUUUAAUUAUUAAUGUUAUUUGUUUUUAAACGGAUAUUUAUUAAAUCGUUGCUUUCAGAGGUUACGUCAUGAGAAGAAAUAUUGAAUCUUUUUAUCCUUUCGUUUAUUGUACAUUUGUUGUCUCUUACGCGAUUUCGAAAUAGCAAAUAUAUACUUGUUCUCUAUUUAUUUUACAAUUAAGAAAUGUCUUCCUUGGAAGAGAACGCAAUGGUUGCUUUUAAAGUUUAUAAUAUGAUGCACAGGAAUAAUUACAUAUUCGUAGCUUAUCGAAGAAUUUGUUUUUUUUUCUUUUUAAAUUAUUUAUUAAACUUAUUUAAUUACGUUAGAUCAAAGUUACGUCGAACGGCUGCAAAGGCAUCUAGUUAAAAAGUUUGUAAUUUUAUAUUCUGACUGUAAAAAAAAUGCAAUUUUUAUUUUAUCAGAUAAUGAAUGUCUUCAUCAUCUUCGUAAAUUUUAUUUAAUCGUUAUAUUUAUUUCCCGUCUGAAAUGUUACUUUAGCUUCUAGUCCAAUUAAUUUACAAUAUUCACGCAGAAUAGUAAAAUUACGAUUCGCAGGAUAAUUCCAUUGCACUCUCGAAACGAAAAAAAAAUUGAAACACUGAAAAAUUGAAAAAAUUAGUAACAAUCAAAUAUAUGCCAUCUUUAAUAAAACGAGAUAGAAACUUUGUCUAAGAUAAAUUCACGAAAAUAAAAAAACUAAAAACCUUUACAACAACCCUUAUAUUUUGAUAUUACGAUAUUUAAGUCUCUGUGAUCAACAUUUUUCCGUUAAUUUAAAGAGAAAAGAUUAAAGAGAGAGAUAUUACGAAUAUAUCUAUAAAAAAAAAAAGACGAAAUGAUUUAUAUUCUAAAAUAUGCUGCCGGUAGAACGAAUAGCAAUUCGAUUAAAGAGCCACUCCCUGUUGUGGACUGAAUGAAGUUCGCGCUGAAAAUUAGCGAAGGCACCGUGAAAAUCCCACGCGAGCUUCAAUUCGAAUUAAUUAAUCGGUACGUAGCUACGCCAUUCGGAUUUUCCAAAGAAGAAAAGUUUGAAUAAAGUGUCUCGAGUAAUUAAAUCGAUGGGAGAGGGAUCGAUUAAAAGGGCUCGCUACAAAUCACAUCGAAUCAUCCAUUAAAAUAGAAUUUUUCAAGGGAGACGAAUAGAUCGGAUGGAAAAAGAAUCUUGAAUUGAAAAAAAAAAAG